UAUUGAGAUUCCAAUAGGAACCCACCAACAACCCUUCGGGUUUGUUCCGUUUCUUUAUCGUAAAAGAAAAUUCUUCGUUGCUCCUCGAACUGAUAGCCCAUCACCUGUAAGUAAGAAACAGUGCACUGCCCCUCCAUCGUCUCCCCAUUCUGACACCCUCCAUAACAAUGCGUAUGGCAUUCCCAAAAACCCCCAGAGACGGCACCAUGGUUAAGACAGUUCCACUCUUAGUUGCUUUGGUUCUCAGUGCCAGCUGGGCCUGCAAUGCCAGAGAAUUACUGACUAAUGGUCUAUCUAGUGGAGAAAGCAUGACAUCUGAUGUUUCAGUUUUGCAGAUACAUUGCAAGGAGUCUGAAGUUGGAGCAAAAGAUUCCAAAGUUAGCAGAAAUAAAAAUUUGUGCACAUUGUGUGAAGAGUUUGCUACACAGGCAGUUGAUUACCUUGAGGAAAACAAUACUCAGACACAGAUCAUUGACAUACUUCACAAGGCCUGCUCUCAGUUACACCAUUUUGAGCGACAUUGCAUUGCGUUGGUGGACUAUUAUAUUCCCCUUUUCUUCCAAGAGGUUGAAUCAGUCAAACCUGAAGAUUUCUGCCAAAAAGUUAAUCUUUGUAAACAAAAGUUAGUCACUUCCUGGCCACUGUCUGGGGAUAAGUGUGACAUUUGUCGUGAUGCUAUUGCUGAAGUUCUGUUAAAGUUGAAAGAUCCUGAUACAAAGUUAGACAUACUUGAGGUUCUUCUAAAAGCAUGUGAUGCUGUGGAAAGCCAUAUGAAAAAGUGCAAGACCCUGGUUUUCAAAUAUGGACCUCUGAUCCUGGCUAAUGCAGAGCGGUUCCUCGAAAAAACCGACAUAUGUUCUGCAAUCCACGCCUGUGAUUCGUCAUUUUCUGUUGUCAUCAAGCGAGCCUCAUCAAUGCAGAAAACUCCCACGCUGUCUGCAAUGUAACAACUCGAUACAAAUGCAUAGACGACCAUUGAUUGGAUUGGUGAUACCCGUAUACAAGAACAAUCGAGUGUUUGAAACUGUAUGUGUAUAUUGUUAGACAAUUUACAUCUCAAGGUCUGGCUCUGGCACUUGGCCGACUGUUAGAAGCUAUCAAAUUCGAAACUGGUUUGUCAAUUGUUCUUCAUUCGGAAUAUUAUCGCAUGUGCAAUGAUCAAUGAGAGCUUAUCUUCUUUCCUGUCA